GAGCCAGCCGGGGGCCAUAGAGAGUGCUGAGCCUGGUUGGGUGGAUGAGAGGGGGCAGACGGUUAAGGAUGGGGGUACCCAGGGGUAAGUGAGGGCACAGGCUGCUUGUUAAAACACUAAGGAAAGUGCAAGGCAGGAGGUGUGAGGGCAGAGACAGCAGACACAGAGGGAAGGCUGACUGAGGGAGGGGAGGAGGGGGGGGGGGAGGUCUCUUUUCACAAAGCCCCUCCAACCGCAGAGGGAGAAGGAAGGAGAGAGCAGAGAUGGGGACAAAGAGAGGAAGAGAGUGAUGGAGAGAGCAGCACAAUGGCUAUGUAAGAUGAUCCCGGGGCAAGGAACCCAUGGAUGGGGGAGACACUCUUGAUCACCACAUACGAGAGACCACCGGGGAGCCUGAGACUGAAAGUGACAGACCCGCAAGCUGCAUGCUGGACGGUUGGACCCUGGAGCAUCUCGCAAGACAGCCGGAGAAGCGUUGCUGCUUGAGGAUGAGUGAGAGACCUCAGGAGAGGCAGAGAGACAGCAAACAUUGCCUUUACACAGGAAGGAGACUGCUGGCGGCUGCACCGUGGGAAUAAAGGGGCACCGGGUGACAGCUCCAUGUAUGGUCCCCAUCUCAGGACACCUCCCACGGAUGUGACUCACCCCACCCUAGGUACUGUCACUAAUUGAUCCUAUGCUGGGUCACCAACACUCUGUAAUUAGGAGAGACCUCCCUUAUCUUCAUAACAGCCAUGCCCCCCACCCCUUUAAUUCUCCCCCGCCUGCAAAAAUGGAAACCUUCAGCUGUUCAGGAAUCCCAUACACACUGCUGAUAUUCAAUGACCAAUGAUAAGACUUUGUACAUGGAAUUGGUUCCAUAAUACGGACUUUUGAAGAACAGUCACACUCAGACAUACAGUCUUGUAUCUCCUCUUGGGGACAUGACCGACAUUAUGCAAACCCUUCCAUUCAAGCUGUUUGCUCCGGAGCCGGGGCCGGAUUGGCCUCCGACCUGCGAGCAGGAGAUAGAGAGGAGGUACCAGGUGGUGCCCUCUGUGGUCUGUGCCAUGUGCUGCCUUUUUGGGAUCAUCUACUGCUUCUUUGGUUACCGCUGCUUCAAGGCUGUCAUGUUCUUGACUGGUCUGAUGUUUGGAUCGGUGGUCAUCUUCAUGCUGUGCUAUAAGGAACGGGUUCUGGACACGCAGCUGAGCGUGGAAGCCAGCGUGGGCAUUGGCCUUGGCAUCGGUGUCCUUUGUGGACUGGUAACCAUGCUGGUGAGGAGCGUGGGACUGUUCAUGGUGGGCUUGCUGCUAGGGCUACUGCUUGCCAUAGCCUCGUUAAUUGUCAUGGAACAGUUCUACCACCCACGCACGGUGUGGGUUCCGGUGGCGCUUUUGCUCGGAAUUGGGAUGCUGUUUGCCGUGUUGACCUUACAGUGGCAACGCUUCUUCACCACACUCUCCACUGCUGUCUUUGGCAGUGCCAUCAUGACUGUGACUGUGGAUUACUUCAUCGAGCUCUUUCUUCUGGUGCAGUACGUGUACCAGCGCAUGAAGGUUGACCCCCCGCAGGCCGUCUGCUGGUACAGCUGGGUCAUCCUCGGGAUAUGGCCUGUGCUCAGCUUACUGGGGGUGCUCGUCCAGUGGAAAGUCACAGCAGAGGGCUACUCGCACACAGAAGUGAUCAUUAGCCGGCAGCAGCGUCGGGUCCAACUCAUGAAGAUAAAACAGAGAGAAGAACGUAAGGAGAAAAAGAAGAAGAAGAAGAAGCCGCACCACCAUCACCCUCAUCCUCAGAACAAAGCACCCCACCCGCCCGAGCCCGCCUUCCGGAGGAAGCCCACUCCUAUCCGCCGGUUUGAUGGCGAUGUCAUUUCCCCCAGCUACAUUCAGAGUUUCCGAGACCAGCAGUCGGGUUCCUCUCGGGGCCGGAUCACCGGAGCUCACACGGUGGUGGACCUGGACUACGACUGCGGAUCCCGCGUGCCACUGACUGCGGGAUCGGUGUCGGCUGUCCGCGUAUAGCACAGAAUGAAGAAAGCGGGGAGGAAGGGCAGGAGGGAGAAAAUAAAA